CGAUUGUCGACCCAGAAGUACGCCGUUCACAAACUCGACACACGUCUCAGAUAUGCCUCCAAAGAAGCCUACUGCCGCAACUCAACCCUCUUCAAAGCCAGACAUGGACAAUCUCCUCUCCUAUACGAUCCGCACUCAAACUCUCCUCACACAGCUGUUGACCUCUGUGACGAAUCCCCCGACGUCCAUUCCUACUCUUCCUCCAGAUCAGCGUGUCCUGAAUCCUCUCACUAUUCUCCGCGACUCAGGGAAGCUCCUUCACGCUCACACCACCAAGCUGUCCCUCAUGAUCAUGAACAAACCGUUCGGCGCAAAGUCAAUGACGGCCGAACUGAAGGCAUGCGUGGAAAAGUGCAUUAUGGGCAUGAUGGGUGCAGUGGACAUAUUGUCUUGCUCAUGGCAUCCGAUUUCCCCAAACUCCGAUAAUCCGGGUAGUGCAGACGUCAGCGAUCAGAGCAUCUGGGGAGAUAUGAUGAUUAGGGAAGCACGCACCCGGGUCGCGCGCGUAAUCAGAGAGAUGUUGGUCAUGGUACAAGAGCUACGUACGCUCACCGAGACAGAAGCUGGGAUCUUAGACUCUCCUAGCUCGGACGCAGUCUCUCAACGCGACAACUUAUCCUCAACUGGCGUUGUAUGGGAAGCAUGCGACUCGCUCGUCGCAUUAGAGAAGCUUAGUCUGCCCGGUCUCGCCGUAAUGAAAGCAACUCAAUAUCACCAAACACUGAAAGAUGCUUUGGCAGAGCUGAAAGAGUGGGCGGAAGAAGUCGACGGGGACGAGGCCGACUUCUCCGAUGAAGGAUUUUCAGACGAAGACGAUGAGCUAGACGCUAUAUUCGGCGCAUCAAAGAGAUUACCCAAAAACGAUACUGCCCUACGUGAGCAGGUAGAACGCACAAACAAAAAGUUAUCUUCAAUCGCUGUGUUAUACCAAGCUUUAAUCAAGCGUCGACUGAAACCAUUCAUAUUCACAUUUCCACCAAGUGCAGCGACAGAGCAUACCUUGUUACGUCGCACAAAACGAUUAAACCAGAUCAUAGAUGAGCUGAAGAGUAUCCCCGACGAAGUCGAUGAAUUGGCUGGGGCUCUGUAUGAGCUGGACGGCGGGUCUGCAGAGGCAAGGCUGAAAAACUGUAUCGAUAUGGCGUCGGAAGCUGCUGCUCUUGCGAAGCUAAAUUGGGACGGACAGGAGGACGAGUUUACUGUAUGGAGUGGAAAAUGGAAAGGCAGUGUAGAGUCAUGAUGGCAGAAUAUUGCGCACUCCAGCGACCAUUUUCUGACCUAUGAGUCUCAUCUGUCACAUAGAAAAUGGAGGCACAGGGACGCUUGACAAUGCGUUGUCGCCGGGUUAACAACUCUCAUACGGCCACUGCUUGUCAACCGCAUACGUGCAGAGAGCCACGCUCUUAUGAGACUCUGUCUACGACUGCGCGACCUCCGCACCCGUUCAAAGCUUUAGGAAACCCCUGUCGAAAAUGGUCAGGCCUCUAGCCAAGGUGCAGCAGAUCUCCGCUUGGGCGCAUAAAGCAGAUUCCGCGCUGGUAGAUAUAUCAAGCUGAUACAGUAAAUAAUUCAAGUCAGUGUGAAGGCGAGUCAAAAAUGUUAU